AUGUCGACAAUUGGGUCCGGCGCCUACGGGCAGAACAAAUCGAGACAGUCUGGCGCCUCGCGGAGCCUCGAGACGCUGUUCAACGAGUCGAAAUGUAGUCUGGUGCAGGACAAAAGUGUCCUAGGCUGCACGACGACUGCGGCUGCCAAAUACAAAUCUCUCAUCAAGGCCGCCAGACCCGAUGUUGUUCUCGUCGAGGAGGCUGGUGAGAUCCUGGAGGCCCACGUGCUUACUGCCCUGCAUCCAGCAACGAGUCAACUGAUCCUAAUUGGGGAUCACAAGCAACUGCGACCGAAGAUAAACAACUACACUCUCAGCGUGGAGAAAGGGGAGGGCUUUGAUCUUAACCGGUCACUCUUCGAGCGUUUGAUACUCCAAGGCCAUGAGCAUGACGACGAGAAAACCUUCCAACGAGCGGAGCCCAGAGGACUGCAGGGCAGAGUCAGCUUCAUCAACCACAGCCAUCCCGAAGACUCCGCAGACGAGAUCGCCGAUCGUCGCGACUCUGGUUUCACGGCAAGCAAGAAGAACCAAUUCGAAGCUCAAAUGGUACUGAGAUUGGUGAGGUAUCUGGCACAGCAAGAAUACAAGACCAACAACAUUGUCGUUCUCACCCCUUACCUUGGGCAGCUUCGUCUUCUCAGGGACAUGCUGAGCGAAGAAAAUGACCCUAUUCUCAACGAUAUGGACUCUUAUGAGCUCGUCCGCGCUGGACUGCUGACUGCAGCUGCUGCCAAGGUCAAGUCAGGCUCUGGCCGCAUCAAGCUUUCGACCAUAGACAACUACCAAGGCGAGGAAAGCGACAUUGUCAUUGACUCCAUGACUCGCAGCAAUAAUAAUGGCGAUAUUGGGUUCAUGAAAGCGCCCGAACGGUUGAACGUCCUCUGCUCCCGCGCCAGGGAGUGUUUGAUCAUGAUCGGAAACAUGGAAACAUUCAUGAAGUCAUCUCAGGGCAAGCAGGUCUGGGUACCGUUCUUUGCUUUGUUGAAGGAGAAAGAGUACUUGCACGAUGGCAUCCUUGUCCGUUGCAAGCAGCAUGCCGACAAGACAGCGCUUCUGGAAAACCCCAAGGACUUCGACAUCAAGUGCCCCGAUGGUGGUUGCGACGCAAUGUGCAAGGUUACAUGCCAUGAGCGCAUCAAGAAGACGUGUGAUCGCGGACACAAGUACAGCGUGCCCUGCACUGACGAGAAAGCUGGCUGUGGGGCUUGCCUGAGAGAGGAUGAAGACACCCGCAGGAGGAUACAGAGGGAUCUGCGAAUGGAGGAGGAAAGAAUGCUGGCGCAAAAGCGAUACGCCCAAGAACUUCAGCAGGUGAAGGACGAGCUUGACCACGAGAAACGAAGGCUCAAGUACGCUCAAGAGGAUGAGGACCACAAGAUCGCCAUGGAAAAAGCUCGUGCCGAUGUAGAAGCCCUGAAACAAACGAGGGCCCGUACAGAGGCGAUGAAGACAGCUGCUGAGGCCGCCAAAAAGGUUCCAGGCGCGUUCCCCGAGACCGAAAUAUCGUCGUCGCCACCGCCUGCUCCAGGUAGCGCAAGGGAGGAGUGGGACAUCUUGAAGAAACAGAAUGGAGAAAGUAGCGCCGCGCUGGAUGAUGUAAUGGACUUGAUCGGCUUGGAAAGCGUCAAGGAACAAUUCUUGUCUAUCAAGAACAAGGUCGACACAUCUGUGCUGCAGAAUAUUUCCUUGUCCAAGGAGAGGUUUGGCUGCACUUUGUUGGGCAACCCGGGCUCUGGAAAGACAACCGUCGCACGAAUCUACGGGAAGUUCCUCACAUCCGUUGGGGUCAUCGCCGGCAGUUCGUUCAACGAAACUACAGGCUCAAAGCUUGCGAACAUGGGCGUUGGUGGCUGCCAGAAGAUGGUCGAAAAGAUUCUUGAGGACGGUGGUGGUGUGGUCUUCAUUGACGAAGCCUACCAGCUCUCAUCUGGAAAUAGCCCCGGUGGAAAGGCAGUGCUCGACUUCUUACUCGCCGAGGUUGAGAAUUUUACAGGGAGGAUCGUCUUCAUAUUGGCCGGGUACAACAAGCAGAUGGAGACUUUCUUCGCCCACAAUCCUGGCUUCCCGAGUCGCUUCCCGAUACAGAUGAAGUUCGAUGACUACAACGACGAUGAGCUUCUCCAAAUCCUGCAACGGCAAGUCAGGCGGAAGUAUGAGGGUCAUAUGAAAUGGGAGGGUGACCUUUAUCUUCGAAUCGUCGCCCGCAGACUCGGCCGUGGACGAGGCAAAGAAGGAUUCGGCAAUGCUAGAGCGGUCGAAAACCUUCUGAAUGUCAUAUCUGGCAGGCAGGCCAACAGGAUCCGCAGAGAGCGCAAGAAGGGAAAGAAGCCGGACCAUUGGUUGUUCACGAAAGAGGAUAUGAUCGGCCCAGAACCCUCCAGUGCUCUCGAAAAGUGCCCGGCAUGGAUAAAGUUGCAGAAGCUCAUUGGAAUUUCAUCGGUAAAGGCGUCCGUCAAGGCAUUGGUUGACAGUAUUCAAACCAACUAUCGUCGGGAGCUUGCAGAGGAACCCACCAUCGAGUAUUCCCUCAACAAGGUGUUUCUCGGCUCACCUGGUACCGGAAAGACCACAGUCGCGAAGCUCUACGGACAAAUACUCGUUCAUCUGGGCCUCUUGUCCAAUGACGAAGUAAUUGUAAAAAACCCUGCCGACUUCACGGGCGCUGUUCUGGGAGGGUCCGAGGCCCAGACCAAAGGCAUUCUCGCCGCCACCGUCGGAAAGGUGUUGGUCAUCGACGAGGCGUAUGGCUUGUAUGGAGGCGGUGGUGCUUCUGGCGGAAACGCCACUUCAGACCCUUACAAGACUGCAGUCGUUGAUACCAUCGUUGCCGAAAUCCAGAGCGUUCCAGGAGAAGAUCGUUGCGUCCUCCUGCUCGGCUACAGAGACCAAAUGGAGGAGAUGUUUCAAAACGUCAACCCAGGCCUCAGCAGACGCUUCCCCAUAUCAUCUGCGUUUAAUUUUGAAGAUUUCAGUGGCCCUGAGAUGCGGCAGAUUUUGGACUUGAAGCUUAAGGAUCAGGCAUUCACGGCAACAGAUCAGGCGAAGCGAGUGGCGAUGGAGUUGCUGGACCGCGCGCGCAACCGCCCUCACUUUGGCAAUGCCGGUGAGAUCGAUAUCGUUUUAGACCAGGCAAAGAUUCGCCAUCAACAGCGCCUAUCCUCCAACCAGACGACCCAGCUGUUCGAGGGCACUGUUGGUUGUGAAGCGAUUGUGGAAAAGCUGCAAGGCUUCCAAAAGAAUGUCCGCGCGAUGAAAGAGCUCGGCAUGGAUCCCAAGGAGAACAUUCCCUUCAGCUUCCUCUUCCGUGGACCGCCCGGAACCGGAAAGACGACGACGGCAAGGAAGAUGGGCAAGGUGUUCUAUGACAUGGGGUUUUUGGAGAAUGCGAGAGUCAUCGAAUGCUCGGCAACAGAUCUCAUUGGAUCGUUUGUUGGACAGACGGGCCCCAAAGUACAGCAGUUGCUUGACAAGGCGCUUGGACGCGUCUUGUUCGUUGACGAAGCCUACCGUCUUGCGGAGGGCGGCUUCGCUAAAGAGGCUGUCGAUGAGCUCGUUGAUUGCGUGACGAAAGACAAGUACAAGGGCAAGUUGAUCAUAAUUCUUGCAGGUUACGACAACGAUAUCAACAGGCUACUGUCGAUCAACCCAGGCAUGUCUAGCAGGUUCCCGGAGGCCAUUCAAUUUCAUCCCCUUGGGCCAGGACAAUGCUAUGACCUCUUGCUUCAGCUGCUGCUAAGACAGAAGUGUGAAUUUGAGGCAGCGAAAUCGACGACAAAGGUUCUGGUAGACUGCCUGCAUCAAACUAGCGACGAUUUCAAAGAGGACGUCCUCAUGUACUUCAGCGACCUUUCCAGAUUGUCCAGCUGGGCCAGUGCCCGAGACGUGGAGUGCGUCAAGAAAUCCAUCUUCAAUGAGGCCAUGAAGUCGCGACAGGGCACCACGAUCGAAGUUACAGAGGAAAUUGUCACGGCGGAGCUGCACAAAAUGCUUGAAGAGCGCGAGAGCCGCGAAAGACACGAGGGAACCUUUGGUAACAUACCGCAAUUGCAAACCCUUCAGAUGGGGCCUUCACCCGAAGCUCAUCAUCAGGUUCGGACUCAGCAGCAGACCCAGACAACGACGACCGCUGCUUCCGAAGGCGAGGAGAUAGUCUACACGCCACCUGAAAGUCCAGUCGAAGAGGAGGUUAACAAUGGAACUCGGCUGGCCAAUCGAGAUUAUGGUGUCAGCGACGCGGAGUGGGCGCAACUCGAGCUGGACAAGAGACUCCGGGAGGAGAAGGAAGAAGAGUAUCGCGUUUUGAUGAAGGCUCAAACACAAGCGACCGACGCCGCAAGGGAAGCCAUUCUGAAGUCUUUGCUCGAAGAAGAGGCUGAAAAGAAAGCUCAGGAGGAGAGGGACGAAGAACGUCGGCGCCAGAUCGAGGUUCGAAGAAAGAAGGCGGCCGCGGAAGCUGCCGCCGCCGCUGCCGCGCGAGACGCCAUCCGGAACCAGAUGAUCAAGGAGGAGAAACAGCGGCAGAAAGAGGAAGAAGAGCGUAGGAAAGCAGCGAUUAUUGGCCAAUGUUGUGCAGGAUUCGAAUGGAUCAAACAGCAUGGCGGGUACAGGUGUGCUGGAGGCAGCCAUUUCGCCACGGACGCCGAGAUUGCCAGCGCUUGA